GCGGUCGCCACCAUCUGGCGGGAUCGCUGCCUUUCUCGAGCCAGGCCUUCGGGCACUGUCUGCGGCGGUCUCCGUGUGCCCUCCGCCCUCCCCGCUCCCGGGUCCGGGACCACAGUCUGCACCGGCUUCGAGGGCGUCGUUGGUAGAUCUGAGUAGCUGCCUUUGUCUCCGGAAUUUGAACGACCGGCUGGUGAUGGAGGGCCCAGUAAUGGAAACUGGCACACUUUUUACCUCAGGAAUUAAGAGACAAGUGAAAGACAAAAGAAUUUCAAAGACUGCCAAAUUGAAUGUUUCUCUUGCUUCAAAAAUCAAAUCAAAAAUAAUAAACAAUUCUUCUAUUUUCAAAAUUUCUUUAAAGCACAACAACAGGGCAUUAGCUCAGGCUCUUAGUAGAGAGAGAGAGAAUUCUCGAAGAAUUACAACAGAAAAGAUGUUGCUGCAAAAAGAAGUAGAGAAACUGAAUUUUGAGAACACAUUUCUUCGCCUGAAGCUAAAUAACUUGAAUAAGAAGCUUAUAGAAAUAAAAGCAUUCACAAAUAAUAACUUGAAGGCCGCAAUUGAAAUGAGCAGUCUUUCUGAGUUCCAUCAGAGUCCCUUUCCACUUCCAACUAGCAAUAAGAAAUGGAGUAGCAAACAAUGCCAGUUGAUGCGUCUUCCAUUUGCAAGGGUUCCUUUAACUUCACAUGAUGAUGAUGAUGAUGAUAAAGAGAAAAUGCAGUAUGAUAAUGAUAUAUCAAAAACAUCAUCUGAUAUUAUUUCUUCAAUAUCAACAAGACAACCUUUAUCAACUCAGUAUGAUUCAGAAGUAUUAUUUCAUAAAGAAAGUAAUGAAAAUAUGUAUUGUUUAUAUGAUUCAGAAAAUAUCUCUUCUACAGUUGGUGUAUUUCUCAAAGAAAGCCAUUUCUACUCAGAUCAAAGUUCCAAGAGUUCUCUAAUGGAUGAGAUAAGAAAUGCCCCAUUUAUUAGCCCCAGAACGGAGAAACUGUCUUCUAGUAAAGUAACUGAAAGAAAGAAGCGUGUGUCAUUUUCGGAGUCAAAUAAUCCUUCUACAGACACUCCCUGUGUGACAGAUAUAGAUCAUCAAUGGAUUUCAACUCCACUUCUAAAUUGGGAUAAUGGGAUAAAUUAUCAUACCAGUGAAACAAAUGCUAAAAUGCAAGGAAAUAGCCAGUACUUGCCUGGCUUAGCUCCUGCAUCUGGUAGUGAACCUAGUGCAGAGUGCAUGAAUCAAGUUCAGGAUAAUGAUGACUUUCAAGCCCAGAAAACUGUGUAUGAUGCUGACAUGGAUUUAACUGCUAGUGAAACAAGCAAAAUUUUUUCAACAGGUAAUAAAAAUAGAAGUAACACAAAACCAAAUGAUUGUGGAAAGAAAACUUUAAGAAAAGUGAAAGAUCCAAGCUCUGAAAAAAAAAGAGAAAAAUUAAAGAGACAGGUUAAAAAUAGUUCAGCUGUAGAUAUUGAGGAAAAGAUUGAAAAUGGACCAGAAAGAGAAUCUUUUGGCCAGGAUGACAAAAAGGAUUCAGAAGAUCCAACUUUUAUUGUCAAUACUGAACAGCUGACACAGAUGAAUAUACUGAAAAAAAUAACUCCUCCUAAUGACUUUGAUCAAGAUGAUGGACAAAAUACACAGUUUAAUAAAAAGAAGAAAAGGAAACACAUAACCAGUGAGCAAGAGGAAGCAUGCUCUUUCUUCCAAAGUUCAGAUAAAUUCCAACAGAAGAGUAAAUUUGAUUUGGGUCAGAAUUCCCUAACCUGUAAUGAAAGUAAAGCUUCUAGACAGACAUUUGUGAUUCAUAAGUUAGAAAAAGAUAAUUUAUUCCCAAAUCAUAUGGAUAAAGAAGUCAUUUCUGAAAACUUAGAAGUCACAGGUGAAUUUCAAACAACUGAUUUUUCCACUAGAGAUAAUGGAAAUUUAUAUGAGACCCAGAGUAUACUGGAUUUGAAAAAGUAUGUCACUGAUUCACAACCUGCUGAGCAAAAUGAGUCAAAAAUAAAUAAGAAGCUUAGGCAGAAAGUAAAUCGGAAGACAGAAAUAAUUUCUGAAAUGAACCAUGUGUAUGAAGAUAAUGAUAAAGACAUGCAUGACUCAGCAAAAGUUAACUUUUUCAUCCAAGCCCAGGACGAUAAAGAAACCAUUUCAGAAAACCUAGAGUUUUCUAAAGAGUUUCAAAUACCUACUCUUUUCACUAGUGAUACUGGAAACCUAUGUGAUUACCAAGUCCAGAAUAUGUUGAGUUUGCAAGAGCAGAUCACCAGUGUGUACCCUGUUCAGCAAAAUGAAUCAAAAGUUAAUAAGCUUAGGCAGAAAAUAAAUCGGAAGACAGAAAUAAUUUCUGAAGUAAAUCAUUUAGAUAAUGACAAAAGCGUACAUUGCCCAGAAAAAGAUAACUCUUUUCUACUAACCCAAAAAGAUAAAGAAAUCACCCCUGGAAACCUAGAAGACUCAAAUGACUUUCAAAUAUCUGCCCUUUCUACUAAAGAGCGUAGAAACCUAUGUGAGUAUAAGACUCAAAAUGUUUUGGGGAUGAAAAAGCAUGUCUAUGAUAUGCAACCUGCUUGUCAGAAUGAUUCAAAAAUAGAUAAGAAACUUAGACAAAAGGUAAAUCGAAAGACCGAAAUAAUUUCUGAGAUUAACCGAAUAUAUGACAAUGAUGAUGAAGCUGUACAUGACCUAGAGAAAGGGGACUUCUUUUCUGUAACCCCAAAGGAUAAAGAAACCAUUUCUGAAAUCUUACAAGUCACAAAUGAAUUUCAAACAGCAGAUCAUCCCACCAAAGAUAAUGGAAAUUUAUGUGUUUAUGAUUCCCAGAAUAUGUUGGAUUUGAAAAAGUGUAUCACUGAUCCACACCCUGCUGAGCAAAAUGAAAUAAAAAUAAGUAAGAAGCUUAGGCAGAAAGCAAAUCGGAAGACAGAAAUAAUUUCUGAAACGAAACAUUUAUGUGACGAUAGUGAUAAAGAUGUCCAUGACCAAGAAAGCUUUGUAAAAAAUCUUGAUUUUAAAAAACGCAAAUCUAAACAAAAACUUGAAUGGCAAGGGAUUACCAGUAGAUACAGUAUGGAAAUCAACAAUAAUGAAAAGGAAAAUUGGGAUGAAAUUUCUGAUUCUUACAAACUAAUUAAAAAGAAUAGGAAGGAGUCAUCAGGCAAGGCAAAAACCAUUCUGACAAAAGGUAAAAACAAACCUAUUUCACAGCUAACAGAUUCUUUUCAGACAUCCCUUUCCUUAGAAUCUAGUUUAAAACAUAUUAGUAAUGAGGCAGAUUCUCAUUCUGGAAACCAAAUUGAACUACAUAAGAAUGAGAAGCAAAGCGCUACAAUGCUGAAUAAACAAGGAGAUAUCCCCUUUGUGGAAGUGAUAACAGAAGGAGAGGGCCAGGUCAAAAAAGUAAAAAAAAAGACGUCCAAAUCAAUGAAAAGGAAGACAGCUGUAAAUCCUUCUCCAGAUAUCCAUUCAGUUAUGGACAUAAUUCCUGAUCCCAUUCAGGGAAAGUCAGCUGACUCUGAACAAGCUGAUAAGGAAAACAAUCUGGAGAAUGAGGAGAUUGUUAAAAAUAAGCCUGACUUUUACUCAAAGGUGUUUACAUCUUUAUCUCAGAUGUAUUCACCUAAUACGCAAGAUUCUUCCUUCCAUGUUCAUGAAGGUUCAAUACCUUUGAGUAUUUCUUCUAGUGAAAAGCUGAUGAUCAAAGAAAAUUUUGCCCUGGAGAGCUCACCAGUCUUUCAAGUAAGUGAUGAUGCGCAUGAGAAGAUGAAAGAGAUGACAUUUAAAGUCAACCAGAGAACACAAAAAUCAGGAAUAGAUAAUAUGCCAUUACAAGACUUGACAAAUACAUCUGAAAAUAAAUCAGAAGAUCUAUCUUCAGAGCUCCCAAGCAGAAGAAGAAGGUGCACUCCGCUCAGUUUAAAAGAGCCAAGCUUAAAAGGGAAAAUGAGAAGAUGAGGUAAAUUGAUGAAUUCUGGUUUUUCUGACAAGUGAAAACAAAUGUAACCAGGAUCAAGAAGCUGGAACACUUGAUAAAAAAUUGUGUUUUUUUCCUUUUUUGACCUUUUCAUGCAGUGUUGAUAUGUCCAUUCUUAUGUUUAGAUAUGUGUACAUAAAAUAGCUAUUUUGUAAUAUUAAACUUUUAAAAUCAUUUUGGUCAUCAAAUAAUUUAUCUUUCUGCUUAUUUAAGCUUCUUUCUGACAACCUUUAA